AUGAGAGAGACACUGGUCUGUAGCAUUUACAAUUGUACAGAAACAAACGUUCACUCAGUUUGCGAUCGACUUGUAACCAAAACUGCGCUCAAUCUUGGGCGUCUCUAUUUUGCUUUCUCUAAAGUAAUUAACGUCUAUCUGUCUGUCGCUGACUAUCUAUCUAUCUAUCUAUCUAUCUAUCUCUCAUCAUAUCUGUCUACCUAUCUAUCUAUCUAUCUAUCUAUCUAUCUAUCUAUCUAUCUAUCUAUCUAUAUAUGUCAAUUUCAACGACAUCUAUCUAUCUCUAUUUUUACUUAUUUACCUAUAUUUCGCUGUCUGAUAAUAUCUAUCUAUCUAUCUAUCUAUCUAUCUCUUGCUAUAUUUCGCUCUCAUAAUAUCUAUCUAUCUAUCUAUUUAUUUAUCUAUCUAUUCAUCUAUGUGUUUCAUUCAAUCUAUCUAAUUAUACCCAUAUCUAUCUAUCUAUCUAUCUAUCUAUCUAUCUAA